AUGGCGAAUAAUGAAAAAGAAAAUUCAGAGUUUCCUCCAUACACCGUAAAGCGUGUUGAGCACAUGAACCUUCCAGAAAAAGGUUAUCUUUAUGAAAUGCAAGAAUCCACAAAACCUGCUGGUUCAAACUUUCCUGAUAUCGACAGUGUAUCUUCCCAUGUUGAAUCAGACUCGGAAGUUGAGGAUUCGGCGCUGCUCUGGUUAAAUCUUCUUGGAAAAGUCUACAAC